GUUGUGGAGGACAAGGUGGAUGCUAACCUUCGCAAUGAAGCUGUACAUAGUCUGCGUUUCAUGCAUAAUGCUUUUUUUACCCUCUCCGCGGAAGCAUUCUGCAAGGCGGUUAAUCUGAUCGAUCGUUUCAUCGUCAAAGUCAAGGUUAAACCCAAGUAUAUGGCUUGUGUUGCUGCCGCUGCUUAUUACGUAGCCGCGAAACUGGUUGAGUCCACUCCGCAAUUGAAUAUGUGCACACUCUUGAAACGGCGGGCUCGGUAUGACUUGCCGCUUUCACCCUCUCUGGGACCCUUGGGUAUGACGAUCUGGUAUACUCGAUUUCCGAGUAGAUCCCAGGGCAGCUCAACGCUUAACUACUACAAUGCUGUUUGA